AUGUAUCACUCACAAAUUGAACUGACACAAAAUCCUCUGGAGAAGAUCUGGGUGCCAUGGAUGAGCAGCAGGUUGAGACGGAGAAGAGGCUCAUCAGUACCACAGUUCACCAACUCGCCCACCAUGAUUGUGAUGGUUGGUCUGCCUGCCCGAGGAAAGACUUACAUCUCAAAGAAACUCACACGUUACCUCAACUGGAUUGGAGUUCCCACCAGGGUGUUUAACGUUGGACAGUACCGCAGAGAUGCUGUACGCACCUAUAAGAGUUUUGAAUUCUUCCGCCCAGACAAUGAAGAGGCCAUGAAAAUUCGCAAAGCUUGUGCUCUGGCGGCGUUGAAGGACGUCUUUUGUUACUUCACUCAGGAUCAUGGACAAGUGGCAGUGUUCGAUGCGACCAACACAACAAGAGAACGUAGAGAGGUGAUCCUCACCUUUGCUAAAGAGAACGGCUAUAAAGUGUUUUUUGUUGAGUCUCUUUGUGAUGACCCAGAAAUCAUUGCAGAAAACAUCAAGCAAGUGAAGCUGAGCAGUCCUGAUUAUGUUAACUGUGAUAAAGAGGAGGCUGUGACUGACUUCCUUAAGAGAAUAGACUGCUACAAACUCACAUACGUUCCUUUAGAUGAUGACAAAGACAGGAACCUGCCAUACAUUAAGAUCUUUAACGUGGGCAGCAGGUACCUGGUUAAUCAGGUCCAAGAUCAUAUUCAGAGCAGGAUCGUCUACUAUCUGAUGAACAUCCAUGUCACACCUCGCACUAUCUACCUCUGUCGUCAUGGAGAGAGUGAACUCAACCUUUUGGGGCGUAUCGGAGGUGAUUCCGGCCUCUCGCCACGAGGAAUGAAGUUUGCUGCAGCUCUAGGCACAUACAUCAGGGGUCAGUGCAUCCUGGAUCUGAAGAUCUGGACCAGUCACUGGCCUGUGUUUUUAUCCUUGUUUUAUUUGUAUUGCAAUGCUUGUGUAUUUGUGUGUGUUCAGUCCUAUGAGGAUCUGGUUCAGCGUUUAGAGCCUGUAAUCAUGGAGCUUGAGCGGCAGGAGAACGUUCUGGUCAUAUGUCAUCAGGCUGUCAUGCGCUGUCUGCUGGCGUACUUCCUAGACAAAACCUCAGAUGAGCUGCCUUAUCUGAAGUGUCCUCUGCAUACGGUGAUGAAACUCACUCCUGUUGCCUAUGGCUGUGAAGUUGAGUCCAUUUUCCUGAAUGUUGAAGCAGUAAACACACACAGAGACAGACCUGUGAAUGUGGAUGUGGACAGAGAUCCAGAGGAUGCUUUACUGACCGUACCAGAACACAACUAGACAAGACCACACCAGUUCAGUUCUCUAAAUGAUUACAUAUAUUUUCCUUAUUUGUAUGGCCUUCUGACCUUGGGUAUAAUUUUGUAAUAUUUGCAAUAAUUUUGGGGUGAGUGGUGUUAUUCACUGUUAACGGUGUCUCUCAGAUCUUGUCAGAUAUUGUAUAAAAUUACAUGUUAAGUGAAUGAGAAAUGCCAACUACUUUAGAUUCAGUUAUUUAGAUUUAUACAUUGAUGUCAUGAAAAUGUAUGUUAUGGAAGGUGUAUGUGUAAAGCAAAAGAUUAGAAGGUCUAAUUGUGCAUUUGUUGUGAUGUUCCUGCUUUAUGAGUCAAAUGACUGUCAGUCCAGAGACAUCACAGCUGACCAGAUCAUUUAAUCUCUCAAACUGCAUCUCACAGGCUUCAUUAAAGGUGAAGACAGUCAUUUUUUGUUGUGUUGUCCUAUAUGGCAGUCUACAUUAGGGUCCUCAAAUAGCAGACCGUCUUCUGGUUCUUGGUUCCAACUGGACUGUGAAACCUAAAGACAACAGUAGCACCAUUUAACCAUUUCUACUGUUUAAUGUGAGCAGUGCAUCAAAACAAUGGAGCAGUACACUCCUCAAAGCACUCAGGGUAAUUUAUGGUAAUAAUCUUUUGAUGCUAUAUACUCUAAAAAUAUGCUUGCUUCAUUCAAGCCCUUCCUACUCCUGGCGCAUUGUUUCUCUCCCCCACUAAAGAUGUUAACGCUUCACAUUAAGAGCUGCAGAUGAUAGUAUCAACAGCUGACCACUGCUUGGAAGGAAAUAUAGAGAUCAGGGGCCUCAUUUAUAAAGCGUGCGUAUGCUCAGAU